AUGGACAACAAAGAUGUUAGCGCAAAUGCUGGCUCUGUGGCGCAGACCACCGGUUCAAGCAAUGGGGCUGCUUCUGGUUCAGUGAAUAUGGUUGCGCCCGGGUCUGGUGGUUCUGCCAAUAUCUCUCGAGAUGCUUUUGAGGCGAACCCGAAGCCUUAUUUUGACAAUCUCCAUGCCAAGGAGAAGGCCGCUAAUAAGUGA